AAUAAAAGAAGCCAAAACCUAAUCUUCUUAUUAAUCACAAAGCAAAAGAGUUUAAGUAAACACACUAUAAAGACAGAACUAAAGUAAAGCUAUGGAUUUGUCUUCCAAAACAAAACAACAACUUAAAACCUCUCUUCCCAUCGUCGCCGGAGAAAUGGGUGUUUGUUACAAAGAGUGUUUGAAAAACCACGCGGCUAACCUCGGCGGCCAUGCUCUCGACGGUUGCGGCGAGUUUAUGCCGAGUCCCACCGCUACUUCCACCGAUCCUUCUUCUUUCCGUUGCGCCGCUUGUGGCUGCCACCGUAACUUCCACCGCCGUGACCCUUCCGAGAAUCUCAACUUCCUCAUCGCGCCGCCGAUUUCCUCUCCCUCCGGCACUGAAUCGCCGCCGUCUCAUCACAUCUCGUCACCCGUUCCUUGCUCUUACUACACCUCAGCGCCUCCUCACCACGUGCUUCUCUCUCUCAGCUCCGGCUUCCCUGGACCGUCAGAUCAAGAUCCAACGGUGGGUAGGUCAGAAAACAGCUCAAGAGGAGCAAUGAGGAAACGGACGAGGACCAAGUUCACGCCGGAGCAAAAGAUCAAGAUGAGAGCGUUCGCUGAGAAAGCAGGUUGGAAGAUCAACGGCUGCGAUGAAAAGUCGGUGAGAGAGUUCUGUAACGAGGUUGGGAUCGAGAGAGGAGUUCUUAAAGUGUGGAUGCAUAACAACAAGUACUCACUUCUCAACGGCAAGAACAGAGAGAUCGAACAUGGUCUGUGUCUGAACACAACUCACAGCUGUAACAAUGAUGGUGAUGGGUCUUCGUCUUCUUGAAAGAAAGAUUCAAGAUUUGGGUAAAACCCGUAUUAGGAUACUUUAAUUUGGGAAAAUAUGAGCAUUAACCGGUUUAAAAUCUUAUGAUAAAGUUUUUUUCUCUAACAUGUUAAUCGAUCUUGAUAUAUAUAUAUAUAUAUUUAUGAAGUUUGAUCUUUUCUGUUUUCACUUUGACAGAGAUGUGUUCAGAGAUCAUGAUGGUUAUGAUAAUAAAUGAAUUUUUAUUCGGAGGGUAACUUAAAAAAUCCAAUUCGAUCGAUAGACCAUUUCUAAUUAUAGUAAGUGCAUAAUCCCUAAUUGUGAUUACAGAAAUCAAAAGAUUCGUUUGUUUGUUUACAUUGCUUUAUUAUUCAAUGUUAUCUUCUGUAUUAUUGGAAAUAUAAUCACCUGAACUAUAGAGAAAGAGUAAGUAAAGUUUGCUUAAUGAAGAUACGACGACGUGGUUUAAUCAAGAUUUGCAACAAACUAUGGCGUGGCAGAAUAUAAUUAGGUCAUCUGGGCGGCAUAUUGUUGUUGUUAAUUCAUUAGUAUAUUAUAUACUAUAUGAUAUGUAUGAUUUAAAGUUAUUAAAAUGCGGGCUUAUCUCUUUCCAUUUAGGGAUAAGCUUUGGCAAUA